AUGGAAGAGGUGAAGGGGGUGAAGGUGCAUGGGACGUUUGGUAGUCCUUUCUGCAUGAGGGUAGAAAUGGCCCUAAAGCUGAAGGGCAUACCAUACGAAUACGUGGAAGAAGACGUUAUUGGAAACAAAAGCGAGUCACUGCUACACUACAAUCCUGUGUAUAAGAAGGUCCCUGUCCUACUUCAUGAUGGACGGCCCAUCUCAGAGUCACUCAUCAUCCUUGAAUACAUUGAGGACAGCUGGAAGGAUACUACCCUUCUCCCACUGGAUCCUUACACGAGGGCCAAGGUCCGCUUUUGGGCCCACUUCUAUGACCACAAGUUGAUACUAGUCAGUGCAAUCAUCAUGAAGUGUGAGGGUGAAGAACAAGAGAAAGCCAUGAAGGAGUUGGUUGAGAACCUGAAGAUUCUAGAAGAGGGAGUUGAGAAGGAUUUCUCAGGUGGGACACCUUACUUGAACGGUGAUAGGCCUGGGCUUCUCGACAUCAUCUUGGGGUCGAGCCUAUGCUUACACCGUGCCAUAGAAGAAGCCGUUGGGGUCCACCUGAUUGACCCACAAAGGUAUCCAUUGUUAUGGUCGCGGAUGGAUGCACUCAAAGACCUUCCCGUGCUGAAGGAAAUAACCCCACCUCAUCACAAGAUGGUUGCACGCGUGCGGCACGUGCGAGAGAUGGCCCUGAAAGGCUGAAACCCACAAACUGACUGGUGCGUCUUAGGGAGCACGUGUACUGUAUAAGGGUGUUUUGGUCAUUGUAUGAUGAAGGGUACUUUGGGUCAUUCAAUAAAAAGGAUUCCGGUCCCAGCUGGAACAUGUGUGAGCUAUGGGAAUAUAUAUAUA